AUGUGGUCUACUCUAUUUAUGAUUAGUAUAUUAUUGUAUAUUGCUUAUCGUUUUUUAAAGUAUUGGAUAUUAGAUCCAUGGUAUAUUCACAAAGAUUUAUGGGCACAAGGUAUUCCAGGACAAUAUACACCUGUAGUAGGUGAGAUACUUAAUGUACGUCGUGCUGUUCUUGCUGACGAUCCUCUAUCUUUUAUGGUUGAAAUGGGAAAGAAAUAUGGCAGUUACUAUCAUACAUCAUUUGGUCCAGUACCUCGCCUUUGUACGAGUGAUCCAUCAUUAAUUCAAGGUGUAUUAAAAACGAAUGCUCGUUUUUAUCGUAAAUCUAAUUUGAUGCGAUUAAUUCUGGGAACUUUAUUAGGUUAUGAUAAUCUCUUAUUGGCUGAAGAUAAUAUUCAUAGUCAACAUCGCCGUCUUAUUGCACCUGUUUUUCAACAUCAAAAUAUAAAUUCAAUGAUUUCACUUAUGGUUGAAUUAACAUCAAAUCUACUUACGAAAUGGAAACUAACUCUUCACGAUGUAGAAAAUAAAGGAAAAGAAUUAACUAUUGAUAUACAGAAUGAAAUGACACAUUUAACAUUAGAUAUUGUAACUGGCUGUGUUUUUGGAAAUGGAUUAAUGAAAAAUGAAAAUGUUCGUGAAAUAAUUUAUAGAAAUGUAACAACAACAUUAGAAGAUGUUCAAAACAGAACAUUGAAUAUGAUUGGUCUUAUUCCGAUUAUAAAUCGUUUACCUUUUCCAAGUAAACAACGUAUCGAUAAAUCAAAACACGAUGUUAGAAUAGUUAUACAACGUAUUAUUGAUGAUAGAAAAAAAAAUUUAACAACAUCUUCUUGUAAAGGACCUGAUUUACUUGAUUUAAUCUUAGCAGCACGUGGUGAUGAUAAAAUAAGUAAACUUACGGAUGAAGAAAUUUACGAAGAAGCACUUACUUUCGUUCUUGCUGGCCAUGAGACAACAUCAAAUUUAAUGACUUGGACAUUAUAUAAUUUAGCAAAUAAUCCUGAUGUUUGUCAACGAUUAGAAGCCGAAGUUGAUUCAGUCUUAAAUGAUAAUGAAGAAAUAACAGCAUCUACACUUUCACUUUUAACGUAUACAGAAGCUGUUUUAAAAGAAUCUUUACGACUUCAUCAACCUGUACCAACAAUUGUUCGACAAGCAGUUGAAGAUAAUAUGUUAAUAGCUAGUGAUGGAAAACAAAUUCAUAUAAAAAAAGGUACUGAUAUCCAGGUGAAUUUUUUUCUCCUUCAUCAUUCAGAAAAAUAUUGGCACGAGCCAUUUAAAUUUAAUCCAUCAAGAUUUAAUGAACGUCAUGUAGAUACAUAUUUACCAUUUUCUGCUGGACCACGUUCAUGUAUUGGACAAAAUUUUGCAAUGUUAGAAGCAAAAGUUAUGUUAGCAAUGAUGAUAAAAAAUUUUCGUUUUCAACUUGUACCUGGUCAAAAACAUGUCCCAGAAAUUCUUAUUACAAUGAGGCCAAAAUAUGGAAUGUGGAUGAAAUUGUCAUCACGAUAA